UCUUAGCGUCUAUCAGGGUUCACUCACAGAGCGGCUCUCCAAACCUACUUAUAGCUUGUAUUUUUUCUACCCCUCGGCGAAACGAGACUGAGAGAGAGUUCUGUGUGUGUUCGUGAGCGGGUGCACUGUGUUUAGUUGUUGCCGGACUCGCAGAGGUCGUAGACACCAUGACGCUGACUGUCCACUUCAGGCGCUCGGAUGGUUUAUUGACGCUCAAAAUAUCGAUACAGUGAUGUUCACGACACAUGGCGCGCAACUGGUUUGGGGUUCCAGCGAGACCGAAAUCGCCUUUUUAAAUGGGACAACUGAGUUUCCCCCCACCGUGAAAACCACUGCGGAGCCCAAAAGUAAUGAGUCGUGUGGGGAGCAGCAGACCCUGGACUUGGACUUGACUAAGACAGUGAUCACUGGGAUGAUGCUCAGCACCAUCACCGCGGUCACUGUGAUGGGCAACACUCUGGUUGUGAUCGCGGUGUGUGUCGUGAAGAAACUCAGACAGCCCUCAAACUAUCUGCUUGUAUCUCUGGCCGUGGCUGAUCUGUCUGUGGCAGUUGCCGUGAUGCCCUUUGUCAUAGUGACUGACCUGACAGGCGUCUGGCUGUUUGGGGAGGUUUUCUGCAACAUCUUUGUUGGGAUGGAUGUCAUGUGCUGUACAGCAUCAAUAAUGACACUGUGUGUGAUCAGUGUGGAUAGAUACCUCGGAAUAACUCGACCUUUGACCUAUCCAGCGAGACAGAAUGGACAGCUGAUGGCCAAGAUGAUAGUCAGCGUCUGGUUGGUAUCGGCAUCCAUCACUCUGCCGCCAUUCUGCGGCUGGGCUCAGAACAUCAAUACUGCGGGAGUGUGUCUGAUCAGCCAGGAUGUGGGCUACACCCUCUACUCCACCGCUGUGGCCUUCUACAUCCCAAUGGUGGUCAUGCUUUUCAUGUAUUACAAGAUUUUCAAAGCUGCCCGCAAAAGUGGGGCCAAGCACCACUUUACUGCACUUCCCCCAAUUCAGAUGGCCUGUCCUGAUCCAGCGUUGGCCACCGUAGAAGGGCUCUGCAUGCAUGGGAUGAAGAACGCUGCAGCUAACGAAGAGUUUUCUACCCUCUCCUGCCUGUUGAACCGCGAACGGCGGAGAGCCUUGAUUUUAAGGCGCGAGCAGAAGGCAGCCACCACCCUCGGGGUGAUUAUGGGAGUUUUUUCGGUCUGUUGGUUGCCGUUUUUCCUUUUCACCACAGCGCGGCCGUUCAUCUGCGGUCUGCUCUGCAAUUGCGCCCCCGUCUGGCUGGAGCGAGUACUACUGUGGUUGGGCUACACCAACUCACUCAUGAACCCUUUCAUCUAUGCCUUCUUCAACCGAGACCUACGUUCAACUUAUAAAGACCUGCUACGCUGCAGAUAUCGAAACAUUAAUCGCCGACUCUCGGCUAUGGGAGUGCAUGAGGCUCUAAAACUCUGACUGCUCACAAUCUGUUUAUAUGAUGGGAUGGUGCAUAAUAUAUCUUCUUGACUCUUCUACAAGUUAAGCAGCACAGUUUGGAGGGAGUUCACUGGGAAUUACAAUAAUUCUAAUUAAGCAAAAAUAUUCUAAUGUAAAACAUUCUAAUCUAAACAUUCUAAAUGAUUCACUGCAAUUUCCAGCUGAAAUGAAAAGACAGUAAAAUAUCAAUCACUUUUAUUCCUUUUCACACAAAUUGUGAUUAUAGGACUAAUAAAGACUUAUUUUCAUAUGGUUCCUUGCACAAUGCUAUAUUAACAAUUACAUACUGUACAUACGUUUUGAAGCAGAAGCAGCUCUAUGGUCAUGGCUGUUCUGGUCACCUGGUACACUGAGCAAUGCACUUGCGAUUUAGAGCACUUGGGUGUGCAUCCAGUGAAACACAAAUCACGAUAAAACAAAUGAGCUAAACUUGCAUGGUUACUUCAGCAUUGCGUUUUUAUCUCACAUUUGGAUUUGUUAACAAGGUAGCUAAGGGGCGCUGCUAGACCCUUACCAUUUAACAGCUUGGGAAUCCAAAAGAGUGCUGGAUGAGGUGGAUAUUUACAUUCCAUUUUAGAAAUGAUUUUAAGUGGCACAAUAUUUCCAAAAGCGAUUAAAGCAUUAACACUUUUGAACAUUUCAUCACUUUGAAAGUGUUGUGAAACUCGUAAGAACCAGUGUAACGUCCCUUUGCAAAAAUGUCACCACAG